AUGGCAGCGAAACCGAACAUGGUGGAUGUUCCACUCAACAGUCCAACCGUUCCUAAAGAUCUACCGAUCGUGCCACGGGUAAAAUACGAGAGUUUAUGCUCAUUCUAAUUAUUUUUUUUCUUUAUUAAGUUUCUGUAUUGUGUUAAGAAAGUACCCUUUUAGCCUUAAACACGCCUAUUGUUUCUCGAGCUUAGCUCUCCCCAAGCCUACCCCUGCCCAUAUUAACUCUAACCAACUCUACCCCUGCCUAUUAUAGACCUAUCCUAGCCAACCCCUGCUCAUUUUCGCUUUAUUCAAGCCUGAUACUGCUCAUUUUAGUUUUAACUAAGCAUUUGCGUGCCCGUUUUAGCCAAACCUACUUCUGCCUAUUCUGGCCAUAGCAAAGCGUACCGCUGCUUAUUUUAGCUUUAGCCAAACUUAAUUCUGCCUAUUUUAGCCCUCACCAAGCCUAAUCCUGCCGUUUUUUACUUUUUUUUGUAUAUUGUAGUAGCUUGCUAUGAUAAUAUAUUAUAAAAACCACAAUUUUUGAUGUAAAAUACGGUGCUUUUUUAAAUCCAUUGCUUAUAUAUAGUUUGCUGUGUAUUUUGCCCAGUUUUUAGGUAAUAAACUUAAAUUUUAGUUGAGAUUCCGAGACUUCAAAUUUCAACAACGUCACAUUUGUGUAGCCAUAUCUGUAGCUUUUGGACUUUUAUUUUUGGGCGUUUUGGUAGGAUUAAUCAUUACAAAAACAUUUGGCAAACGAUAUGUUGAAGAUACAGCGUUUUUGAAUCAAGACAUCAGCUGGCAACACACUUGUGAGCCAAAAUGUUCUGGAAAGUAAGUUUCUUCGUUUUUUAAAUUUUAAGACUAUUUUUGAAGCUUUUUUUUGUUUUAUUUUUUCUUAAAAAAUGUAAUUUCUUAAAAAAUUACAGGAAAUACAACCUUUUCAGACGAUUUAUUGAUUUAUCAGGGUUUUCGUAGCGGGACCAUUUUGAUAUAAAGAUGGUUUAUAAAAUUAUAUGUACAAUUAUUAUAAAUCAUUAUAUUUUCUUUAUAAACCCAAAAAAAACUUUUUUUCGGUAAUUUCUUACAAUUGUACGCGUAUCAAUGUUUUCGUGGCGGGAGCAUUGGGAUAUUAACUUGCCUGAAGCAACGCCUUUUUAUUUUUUAUAAAUUGAAACUAACCCUAUCGAAAAACCUUCAAUGAUAAAUAAUGUCAUCUUCCAGAUUUGACGUCCCACCCUUACUCCUCAUUAGUCUAGACGGCUUUCGAGUGGAAUAUCUGAAGCGCCAACUAACUCCAGCCAUUUCGAAGAUUUUACAAUGUGGAAGCCACGCUACCUACAUGUAUCCAACGUUUCCGUCAAAAACGUUUCCAAAUCAUCUAGCUAUAGUAACUGGACUGUAUCCUGAAAGUCAUGGUAUUGUUGGGAGUACAUUUAUGGACUUUAACAUAUCACAAGAGCCAUUUACGCCAAAGUCAAGGGAUCCUAUCUGGUUUAAUGGGGAACCUGUAAGCUUUUUAUAGUUUUUAGUAAUUUUUAAAACUUGUUUUUAUUGUGCAACUUUUUAUUAAAUUUUCUGUUUUGGACGAAACGCCACGAAAAAUAUUGAUUUUUUUGUGAUAUGGGAACGAAUUGCCAGAAAAAGCAUUUGAAAAAAUAGCCAAAUUUUAAACUUUUUAAGUUUGAAUAUUUAAUAAAAUUAAAUUUUUCAGAUUUGGAACACAGCUAAAAAGCACGGCAAAAAGUCGGCCACCUUCUUCUGGCCCGGGUCUGAAGUUUUCAUCGGCGGAGGCAGGCCGACCUUCAUUGUGAACUACAACAGCUCGAUUGCCUUCUCAAAACGAGUUGAUCAGGUAAUAAUUUUUUAA